ACUGUGUGCACGUCUCAGAAGCUCAGCCCGGCCGCCACGUUGGCUGUUGGCGCCACCUCGCAGUACAGCGGUGCCCCAGCGGCUCUUUGGCCUGGUUCCCUCACAGGGGGUUCUGGCCUGUGUAAAGUUGAACGAUGGAGCUUCUGAAUGUUGCGGCCCGAGGCAGUCGGGCCAGAGCAGAGCGGAAAACCGUCCGGUUUCUUGUCAGGCCAUAGGCCGUUCACUUGGCGAGGCCCGACCUUCCUCAGGAGUUGGUGUUGGCCGUGGGCCUGGCCUGUGCAGGGGCCACCUGGGCUAGACUUGUCCGUGGUGGCAGUGGGCGCAGUUCAAGCUCCAUGUCGGUAACAUCAAAGUGCUCUCUCCUCAUUGGACCGUUUUCAGGAACUGACAUCAAUUUUCAUAUAGCUUAUGCUUAAAAAGCAAGGGGAGAGGCAAAGCACAGAGAACUGCAGAUCAGACCUUCCUGAGCCCCCCUGCCUGGAGCAGCUGAGACCUCUGGAGAAUUCUGGCUGCCAGGCCCUCCCUCUGAGGUGGGAAGGCCAGUGUCCAUGGGACAGCUUCCUUGCUCCUGGGUCCACCAUGGCCUCCACUCUUUGACUGGACAGCUGACGUGACUAGUGCCCCCAGCGUGCGUGCUGCUGGACUGGGUGCUGUGUCAGGUACCACCUGCUCUCGGGCUGGGAGCCAGGCUGGUCAGUGUCAGAUGCUCCCAGAAGCCAGACAGCAGCAGAUGGCCUCAAGCAAGCUGAGAUGGAGGUGACCUGAGGCCUCCUGGACGUUCCUGGGGACAGGACAGCUGAGGAGCUGGAGCCAGGCCUGCUGGGGAGCAGUAUGCAGGAAGCUGGCUUUCAGGCCACGAAUGCUUUCACAGAGUGCAAAUUCACCUGCACCAGCGGGCAGUGCUUGUAUCUGGGUUCCCUGGUUUGUAACCAGCAGAACGACUGUGGGGACAACAGUGACGAAGAAAACUGUCUCCUGGUGACAGAGCACCCACCUCCCGGCAUCUUCAGCUCGGAGCUGGAGUUCGCCCAGGUGGUCGUGGUGGUGGUGGUGGUCACAGUGAUGGUCGUGGUUGUCUUCUGCCUGCUGAACCACUACAGAGCAUCCACCCGGUCUUUCAUCCACCGCCCGGGGCAGGACCAGAGGCAGGAGGACAGGCCGCAGCUGGAACGGCACCUGUGGCCUUCAGACGGCUCUGAACCUCGGCCCACCUCAGAGACCAUGUAUGCCCCGCGGUCCAGGGAUGGGGUGACUGCCCCGCCUUUUCUCCAGAGGGAUCGGUUCAGCCGCUUCCAGCCCACCUACCCCUACGUGCAGCACGAGAUUGACCUUCCCCCCACCAUCUCCCUGUCGGACGGGGAGGAGCCGCCUCCUUACCAGGGGCCCUGCACCCUGCAGCUCCGGGACCCUGAACAGCAGAUGGAACUCAACCGAGAGUCGGUGCGGGCACCGCCCAACCGAACUGUAUUUGACAGCGACUUGAUAGGCGUGUCCGUGUACAGUGGGGGCCCGUGCCCACCCAGCAGCAAUUCAGGCAUCAGUGCCAGCACCUGCAGUAGUACCGGGAGGAUGGCGGGGCCGCCCCCGGCCUACAGUGAGGCGAUGGGCCACUACCCGGGCGCCACUCCCUCCCAUCCCCAGCACAGCAGUGCGCACAGGGGGAGCAGACCGCUGCUCCAGCGGGAAGCUCGGAGCACGGAGCUGCCCAUCCAGGGCACGGACAGGAAGCCCAGGGAGUGCGUCUGACCUUCGAGCACACCUGAUGUGAGAAAAGAAAUGGGGGAGUUGCAGCACAGCAGAAUUCAGUAAAACAGAACAAUUCUUUUCAGGGGAGCCACAUGCAGAAGGGAAUAGUGCAAACCUCCAGUCUGGCCACAACAGUAUUCCUCUGUGGCAGAGAUGGGACAGGGUUGGUUUUGGCAAAGUGUGGGCAUGAGAACACAAAAGGGUGCUUUGAAGACACCAUGAAAUAAAACCCACGAGGUGUUUGACUUAACUGUGAAAGCAGAGGCCAGAAUGCCUGGUUUACAAUUAACCGAAUACAGAGGAAAGUUAUACAUUAUGGGGAAGACUCACUAGUUUGCUUUCCCCCUGAACUGUGGAACUUUUGUUUUAAAAAUAUGAUUCUAAGUUCCUGGUUUGUGUGCCAAGGUAUAAAGUGAAGUCAGAUGAAUGCAAGGAGUUAAAUCUGUGUUGUGAUGCUGUGUUUUUAAAAAUUGCACUAUCUUCAUUGUUUUAACAUGAGGAAGCUUUAUGUGAAGUCCUGUAUGUUGUUUUCUCACCUGUGCAUCAUUAUUAGGCCCCAUAAUAAUGUUCCCCCCGUAAUUAUGCAGGAAAGGGUGUUUGGGGAGGUAGCCUAACAUACUGCUAACUUACACUUGUGAAGAGAGCAUCACAGGGCAUGCAUCACCAAGGCACCUGCAGACUGGAUGGAGCAGAGGAAACUCCUGCAUCCCUGGUGGGUCGAGUCCCUCCAGCUGUGUGUUUUACGCCUGCAUUCACACAUCAUGCAGUGCUGCCCUAGUCCUCCAGCAGUGCAGUUUCUGCAGUAAUUGUUUUUUUUUUCACUGUAGCAUGAAAUAUACUCAGAUAAUACACUAUUUUAUGCAAUAAAUUGUUUAAAAUGCAAGGUGGUUAUUUUUAUACUGUUGAAACAUGUGAUUUCCUGUGGCCUGUCUUUCCCUGGAUAGUUGAGUUCAGGCCUGGAUGGCUGAUCAGUGAGACUCGGCAGUGGCUCCCGUGUGCCUGCUGCCCCAGUGUUGCCUAAUGCUGACUGCAGGUUCUGUGUGUGUAGAAACUCCUGGGUUGAGGAAGAGAACCAGCCCCAUAUGGGAACCAGCGCCUGGGAGAGACACAGGGCUCAGAACCAGCCACGCUCCUGGGUCACCCAGCCUCUCCUGGAGACCAGAGCUGGGCAGGGUGACUCAGAGCCUUGGGUGAAAAUGAAAAGCACAACCUGCUGCUAAACUCAGCUGGAAGACUUAAAUCUUGUAACGUUCGUUCUCACCUAACACAGUAACUUCCUUCUGCAGGGCAUCUGCCUUUUCUGCACCUGAGUGGGGGCUUCUGUGCAGCCCCCGCUUGGUCUCUGACCUGUAGGUCCGAGUGUCCACUCAGUUCCAAGUGUUUCAUCUUGGGUGUGGUUGUCUGGCGAGGUGCCCUUGUGCCACUGGCAGAGCACUGUCAACCUCAGAUCCUGUCUGCUACCCUUUCUGAGGCCCCUCUUGGCCGGUAAGUCCUGGGUUUUGUCUGGAGGAUUGGAAUCCUAAUCCAUUUCACAGUGACAUCCACACAAGUAGUUGUCUUUCUCAGAAGGAGAAAAUGGUCAGCAGUUGUCACUCAUGCUUCAGAUCCUUUUGGGCAGUGUGUCUGCUGAGGGCCACAGUGGGAGCUCUAGGACAGGCAGCGCUCUGGGGGUCCUGACCAGAGGACCUCUUCAUCCCCCCAUGAGGUCAGACGGCCUUGACCGCGAGCCUGCGCUUGGUUAAUGGAGGCCUCACCUUGAGUUGGCAGUGAAUUUGGGGAAGUGCUUGUCCUCCUUGUCUGCAGCAGAUUGUCAGUCAGGCAUCCUCCCAGGUGCAGAACGAGGAGGUUGCCUGAUGGUGUCGUCAUUCCAAACUUCGCCAGCACUUUUGGGAGAGUGGGUGAGCCCAGUCUACGGUUCUAGCUCAAAAUGGUGAGUUACGCUUAGAAAUUAGUAAAUUUCUGCAAGUACCUGAACAUCUAGCACCUGUCCACAGUACUGGCAAAACAAUUAAUUCAAAUAACUUUGUCCUUUAAAACAGAUGUUGCUCUCUUUCAGCCACCCUAUUAGAUAACUGCCUCUAAUGUAAACAGUUAAAGAUGUCUGCAUCUGUAACUAUUCAAAGCAUGACUUAAAUGGUCUCUGAGGCUGGGCCUCUGUAAUGAAUUAGUUUAAAAGCUGAGGUCCUAUACUGAAUUAGGUCAGUCUCCCUUCCAUACAGGGAGGUGAUUUAGGUCUUGACUCUCUCGGAGGUUGUGUGGCCUGGCAUGUAUAGGAGACAUGGUUCUGAAGCUGCAGCCUAGUCAGUGGGGCCUGAGGGUCCAGGUUAGAUGCCAGAGUCAGGUGACCAGGGAGCAGUGGGUGGAGGCUGGGCUCCACCAUCUCAGCAACACCCUGGGUGUGAGCCUUGAGCAGGCCCACCUACAGGAAGAUUCACGCAUCUGUUGACUUUUUCAGGAAGCCUGGUUCCUCAGACACUGAGGUUGUCCUUUCCUACAAAAGAGAUUUUGCUAAACAAGCCACGCAUUUACAAAGUUCUUGUGACCAAAAUUCAGUGUUUAAAAAGCUUGACAGGCCUACUCUCUGUCCUCCACACCACAAAUACACUUGGAUACCAGCCCAAACAGCAGAGGAAAACAUGCAAAACACAGGCAGGUUUGUUCUGAGAAGGACACUUAAAUCCACUAACUGCAACUGGGAGAGGACAGGGGCUAGUAGGAAGGGGCCAGCGGGAAACUGCGGGCCUUUCACCCCAGCACAGGGAUCUGUGCUCAGAUAAGCAUGUCUCCAACUUCGAGUUACUGCUCUUUACUUGUAUUUUAUCGUCUUAAGAAGGGCUCAAAGACCAGCACUUUUCAGAAAUGCUCAGACCUGGCAGAAUCCAUUCCAGUCUCUGCCUUCCUCAGAUCCAGAGGCUGCAUCCUGAUAGGCUGGCCAGGGCCUUACUUCCACCUGCGCUCUGGUGGGGGUGUCCCUGCAGACACUGGCGGGGGCCGUAUGCCCCUCCAAAGCAGCUUCUGUCUGCUGCUGGCCACAUGGCUUAUGUGCCUGCUGAGAUGUGGCAGCUGGGGGCUGCUCCCCAAGCCUUGUAUUUGUGGUGCUGAGGCUGCUGCUUAGAAUGACAACACGUUGGUGUACCCUGCUACCCUGCAUUUUUCUUAAAAUUUCCAAACCUCAGCAGUGUCAAUGAGGAAAAACCUGGGAAGGAUACUGGUGCUGGGUGUGUGGCCUUGUGUUGACAGACACCUGUUUCCCUUCUGCAUGGUCGCCUUGGUUACCAUGGCUUUGGUGAAGUGGAGAUGCAUUAGCAAGUACCCCCAGUGUGAGGACAGUGUGUCUAAAGGGGCCCAACAAAAGCAGAUGAAACACCUACUCUCACCCCAACCAUGAAAGGGUCCCAGCGGCUCACUGCCUUACACAGAUUCCUUAGAAAUCAGGAUCUCAGCUUAGGUUAUUUUACUCCCCAAGUGCUGCAUCUUGGGUCUGUAUUCAUGGUCAGGGUUAGACAGUCAUGUGCUGCUACUGCCUUUGGGUUGGCUCAGGGAGGGAGGCCUUGUGAGCAGUGCUGUCCUCAGCGUGCACAGUGCUGCGUGAGAACUGUCCAGAUGCAGGUGAUGAAGAUCCUCAUCCUUUCACAGAGCUCAGAGUGCAGCAAUUCUAUAGUGACUGAAGUACAUGUUCUAACUUCAGCUGUGGCGUCGUGAUGCCUCACUCAUAACGGUGCUUUCAGUGUCUGUCAUGUAUUCAUUUUGUAAGGUGCUGUAUAGAUAACUUGACUAUAUUAUGCACAUAUCCUACCCGAUGGGUGGAACAAAAACAUUGGUACUGCGAUAUAAUGUACAGGUACCAGAUUUAACAGAAAUGGCAUAGAAUUUGUGAAUGCCUAUGUGCUUUGUCCUCUUUUGUAAGGAAAUCUGCGAGUGGAUGCAUACAGAUAAAGGUCUAUGUCAUUUAUUUUCUUAUUAAAUAUUGAUAUUAUAACAAGGGAAAUAAGUGUGAACAAGCUAGCGCAGCCUAUGUACAGCAAUCAGAGUUGCAUCUUUAUUGUGAAAACACUUUUUAAGAAAUAAGUUUUUAAAAUUCUGUAGCCUUCUGGGGCCACCAGAUGCUUAUUUUUAAUCCCUUCAAGUUCAGUUGGACCAAUAUUAUAGUCAGAAAAAAUGCUGAUUUUUCAACUUGCUUUAUGAAAACAUAUUCUAUCUUACAUUGUAGAAUGAAGAGGGCAGACCCAGUGAAGAAUGCACUUUUCAUUAAAAUUGCAAAACUUAGGUCAGAGUGAGCACAGUGGCCUGCAGCAAGGAUUGUGCAGUCUAGAUGCAUUUGUGACCAUCUGUCUCUCUGUGCCUUUUUGACAAAUGGAAGCUGUGAAUCAUUGAAUGAGCAGUAGUGUUUGCAGAAAAGUAACUCUGGACAAACCAGUCCACUUGAGAAGACCCCAUUCUCAGAAAAAUGUCUGUUACGGGUUAUAGUGAGCAGACUGGCAGUUAGUCAGCUGAGUAAAGUCUUAUAGCCCUUCCCUUUGCUGUCUCCUGGUGAUAACUACCCCAGAACCAAACUAGGCUUUGCUGUUGACCAGGGACCACGUCAUUUCCCCUGACAAAGCAUCUACUUCCAGCUCUGUCGAUUCUGACAGUGACCUUUGUGUUUAUCUUCAAAUAUUCUAAUAGUAAAAAAAGAAGUGACAACAUUUACUAAAACCACUGAUGAAACUGUGGCUGUGGGCCUACUUCCGAGUUCUGUCCAUGGAAGUCAUUGGUGAAAUUCUGCCCAUCUGAUCCAUACUUCCAGUUUAGUCUGUCAUCAAAGGAUGUCAAUUCUAGUUAAUUGUUUUUUAUUUGUUCUGUGGUAUGUGUUCUGAUUUGAAAAUCACGACGGAAUCAUACUCUUGUCCACAAAAUAAGUACUGACUCUCCUUAAACUGAAAGUGCCUCUGCAGCUCUUGAUGCUAACAGAUCAGAGGUCAGUCCUUCAGCUCUACUUUUCAGGGGCCACAAGAUGAUGAGGGUCUGUGUUUUCUGCACCCACAGCCCCUGUGUCUGCUCACUGCUAGCAGCAGGGUCCUGGUAGUGCAAGUCAAGGGUGGAGGCUUCUCCUUGUCAGAACCCACCCCCCAAGGCUCUGCCUUUGGGAGGAUGCUGAGCAGGAUGUUGUCCAAAGCACUAAACCUGGUACACAGCAUGGCUUCCUUUCUACAGGACUAAUUGAGGCUUAAACUUUACUGUUUAAUGAUGCUGGUUCAUUAUAAUGUGCUUGCUCCUGUAUUACUAUUCUUCAUUUCAUGGCUUUCAAAAAUCACAUUUUCUGAUAUAAAAGCUUUUUUAAAAUAUGUGUAAUACUAUUAAUAGCAUUUAGUUCACUUUCACUAGACUGCUUUAUAAUGACAAGUACAGCUGUAUCUGAACUUUUCAGUAGUCAUAGGUUCAAUAUCAUAGUUCACAUGACCUGUGAUAAUCCAACAUCAUGAAGUCUUUUUUAAACAGCCAUUUGUGCUUGCUGUUCAACAUAAUUUCCAGUUAUAAAGAGAAAGAUUUCCAGCUGUUUUGUACCUGCCUUUCUAACUGAGCAAUGAUACAGUUCCUAGACCCAAGGUCUGUAAUCGCAAUCCUUAAAGGACAAUGAUGCUCUAGUGCUGUGUGUUACGAAAUCAGCCCUUUCAGUUUUUAAUGCUGUGGUUGAAUUGCAGCUUAAAAUCAUUAAAAAUAAUCAGUAAUA